AACACUAGAGGCGCACACUCGCUGCCAGUUACGGAAAUUCGUAUCGUCCGGGUAGUCUCUAGAGAAAAACACCAUUGGCCAUUGUUACAAGUAUUUAAUGUGGACGACGCAGAGAUUACGUGACAGUGAGAGACAGUUUUAUUCAUGUCAGGACUCGUCUGACUGAACUUCGAAGCUUCUCAGGCUAGCUUAGCUUGCUAACUGCUAACAAAGAGACCCGGAAGUUAUCAACACAUCGCGAAGCGGAGAGCAACUGUGAGUGUAAAGUGUUGCGAUUGUGUGAAAAUGUGUAAAAUACAAAUGCUGAGAGCGUUUGUAAAUGCACGAUUAACUGCGGCUGUUGAAGAAAUAUUUGGAGUGUUAGAAACAACGAUAGCAGCGUACGAGGAGGAACUUGGUCGAACAAAAGAGGAGAACGACCGUCAACGUCAACUAUUGGACGCUGUUUUCAAGAAGCCUCAAGUUGUGUUCCACAGAGCAGAUGUCAGUGAAGAACAUCUUCUCCUUGAGCAGCAGGAGUGGAACUCCAGGAUGGAGCAGGAGGAGCCACAGGCCACCCACAUUAAGGAGGAAGAGGAGGAGCUACAGCCCUCCAACUUUAAAGAGGAGGAGGAUUACAGAAUCUGUCAGGAGGGAGAGCAUCUUGAAGGACUGGAAGAGUUCCCUGUGAUUGCUGUUCUUGUGAAGAGUCAAGAUGAUGAAGACAAAGGUGAAACUGAGGAGAAGAGAGAGGUGGAGCCUCCAAGCAGCAGUUCCACUCAUCACAUGACAACAGAAGCUAAUGGAAACCACUGUGGAGGAUCACAAGCAGACAAGCUCUUGGCUCCACUAUCAGAUAGUGACGACACGCCACACUCUGCUGACACUGAUGAUGAAGACUCUGAAGCUGAUAUGACAUGUCACCCUGACAACACACGCUGGAAAUGCACACAAUGUGACAAAACUUUUGUUAACAAGGGAUAUCUGAAAACACACAUGAGACGUCACACAGGAGAGAAACCUUAUGCCUGCUCAGUUUGUGGUAAAAGAUUCUCUCAGCAGUCACAUUUGAAGGUGCAUGCAAGAAUACACACUGGAGAGAAACCCUUUCCUUGCACUGUGUGUGGUAAAAGAUUUUCUGAUCAGUCAAAUUUGAUAGUACACACAAGAAUACACACUGGAGAGAAACCUUUUUCCUGCACAGUUUGUGAUAAAAGAUUUGCUCGGAAGUCACAUUUGAAAGCACACACAAGUGCGGUAAAAGAUUCAAUCAAAAAGUUGUUUUAAAAACACACACAAGACUACACACUGGCGAGAAACCUCUUCCUUGUACGGUGUGUGGUAAAGGAUUCUCUCGACGGUCAUCCUUGAAAGAACACAAAAGAAUACACACUGGAGAGAAACAUUUUCCUUGUACAGUGUGUGGUAAAAGUUUCUCUAAAAAGAUAUCAUUGAUAGGACACACAAAAACACACAAUAGAUUAAAAAAAAUUAAAAAUCUUGUUCAAUGUGUGGUCAGCAAUUCACAAAUAUUCCAAACUUGACUGACCACAUAAGAAUCCACACUGGGGAAGUUUUUUGAAAGGACGCUUGGAUUUCAAAGAACACAGUACGGGAACUACGAAUAAGCAAGACAGUGUUACCCUUAAAAAAAACUAAAUUUGUGCAAAAGAAUGACUUAACAUUGGUAACUGACACGAUGAAAUCGUUGCAGUGUUUGUUAAAUUCAUCACAUGUAUGAACACACUUUUCUUCUUCAACAAAAUAAACGCACACAAGGGGGUUGCAUGGGUUUGAUUCCCAUGGCCAGGGUUUUGUCAGGAAGGGCAUCCGGUGUAAAAAUCUAAAGUCAAUCAGCUAGAAUGGUAUAAUACAGUAGUAAGAAAACGCAUGUAAACCUUUUGGAAUUUCAUGGUUUUCUGAAUAAAUUUGGCAUAAAUUGUGAUCUAAAUCAAGGGUAUUGACAAACAAUGUUUUUUUUAAAUUAUUAUUACUAAGUAUGUUAUAGUGUUUUUUCUUCUUUAUUGAAAAAAAAUAUUUUAGGGCUAACAAAGUGAAAGGGGUCGAGAAAAUAUAAUCAUAUAAAUAAAUAAGUAAACCAUAAGGGAUAUGCGUCACAGAUCACAGGUACAUGUAACAUCUUAUCUGACAUCGUCACUGACCACAGAUUUGUCUCAUCUUUUCCAAUGUUUUUCAACCUUGUGUUGUUGUCGACAAAGAUUAAAAGUCAUAACAUCCAUUGUUCUUGUAUGUUGUACAAAUUGUACCAAAAGAGCAAAAGAGGGGUGUCCAUUUUGAGCCAACAUUUAAUGACAGCUUUUCUUGCAGCAACAAGGAUGAUUCAAAAUAAAUAUAUCGCUUUGACAUAUUCCCUCUGGAUGUGCAGUACGUACACCAAGGAACAAAGUAAAGAAAGACAUUUGUAAUCGAAUACCUAACACUCAAUAUAUUCAUUUUGUCACCUUCUUCCAAAAGUCAACAAUACUCGAGCAUGGCCAAAAUAUAUGGACAUGGUCUACCUGGGCAGAUACACACUGCGUCAAGCAGAAAAAACAAGUAGCAAAAACGUUUGAUUUCCACGCAGGUGUAAUAAAGAAACGAACCAGACUUUUCCAACAAAAAUAUCUCCAGGUACCCGAGUUAAUCGUGCAAUUUUGAGCAUUUCCAUGCCUCCAGCUAAAGAUCCUCUGAAAUCUCAACUUUUAGAACUUUAUCCCAUUGUUUUUUCACAUGUAGAUACAGUAUGUUUGUGCAUCAGUUGAACCUAAAAUCCUAUAAAUCCUUUCUACAAUAUUUUUACUACUGGAUCCUUUAUAAAUAUCUACAAAGAUCUGAACUAAAUUAGAAUUUUAAAAAACAAACAGUCAGAACACUUUGUAUUUCAUUUGUAAAAUAGUGGCAGAGUUGAAGAUGUUUACCGAGUCUAAAUUUACUCGAGAGAUUUUGAAAACUGCCCAACUGACCUUUGAAAAUGACACUAUAGUAAAUGCUGUUAUUCCCAAUUGUAACCAUUGCUUAAAUGUAGGGUCAUGUACUGUCACAUACUGGCCAGCCCAGAGCCUUAAUUUGUCUUUGAAGCAGGAGCAUCUUUACAACGUCAAGCCAUACUCUCAUGGAUGUACACAAGCAGAAAUUCCCGAGCUGUAAAAUAGUUUUGGCAUAAUAUAUAUACAGUCAAGUACUGACUGUAAUGGUAUUUCCAUUUUGCCUCAGAAGACUAUUCACACCAAAGUACAAGUGGUCUUAACUGGGCUAUAACAUAGUAAUACCUUCUCAUUGAGAAUACCUUCUCAAUACAGAUAAGACUAAAGAGAUGAUCAUCGACCCAAGAACAAGGGAAAAGGAGCCACAUAGACCCCUGUUUAUUGGUGAGACUGAGGUGGAGAGGGUGAAAACCUUCAAGUUCCUUGGCACACACAUCAGCGAGGACCUCACCUGGUCUCACAACACCCAACAAAUUCUGAAGAAGUCCCAAAGGAGACUGUACUUCCUGAGAAGACUGAGGAAAUUUGGCAUGUCCACCACAAUCCUGAGUUGCUUCUAUAGAUGCACUAUCGAAAGUGUCCUUACCGCCUCCAUCACUGUUUGGUUCGGUAACUGUACAACACGAGAUAGGAAGGCACUCCAGCAGGUGAUCAAGACCUCACAGAACAUUGUUGGGGCAGCCCUCCCCUCACUGCAAGACAUUUAUACAUCUAGAGUCCUACGCAGAACACACAACCUCAUCAAGGACAGCACACAUCCACAACACUCAUUAUUCACACUCCUACCGUCAGGCAGACGCUACAGGAGUUUGAAGUCCAGGACCACAAGGCUGGCAAACAGCUUUUACCCACAGGCCAUCAGGCUUCUCAACGAAGCACUCAGACACGCCACACGCAACACACACUCAUAGCACUUUAUUUAUUAAUUUAUUUAUUUGUAUUAUUUACUCGUAUUAAUGUCUCUUCUGUUGUUGUUGCUUAAU